AUGCUAUUGAAGCCAUUGUGCUCUGUGCUCGGUGUGGUUUCGACCGCCGCCGCCUACGUGGUAAACAAUGGGACUUCGUGCUACGUCUACCCGGAAUCCUUGACCCAUUUCGGCCAGCCGGUGGAUGACACGCCCUCGAUUCUCCGGGCUUUUGAGCUCUGUGGCACCAACGGAUCCGUCGUCCUCACGGAAAACACCUUCCACAUCAACCAGGUCAUGAACACGACCGGCCUAGUGAAUUGCGACGUCGAGCUGCACGGCGAAAUGAUCUGGAGCGACAACAUUCCCUACUGGCUGGGCCACAGUUAUUCGGUGGUCUACGCUAACCUUUCCACAGCGUGGUUUUUUGGCGGAGAAAAUGUGACAUUCAAAGGCUUUGGGAAGGGGCGAUUUAAUGGAAAUGGCCAGGCUUGGUAUAAUGAGAACCGCAACAACAGCAAUCAACCAGGACGACCCAUUGCGUUCACCAUCCUCAAUGCAAAGAAUCUUUGGAUGGACGGCGUUUCGUGGAGCCAGGCGCAAUUCUGGCAUUCGUUCAUCUCCCACUCACAGAACGUCAGCAUGUCCAACAUCUACAUGAACUCGACUAGCAACGACACCUGGUUUACCGUCAACACGGACGGUUCCGAUACCUGGAACUCCAGGGACGUGUUCUACACCAACUGGACUGUCCUCGGAGGCGACGACUGCAUUGCCAUCAAAGGAAACAGCACCAACGUCGUCUCCAAGAAUAUCACCUGCUACCGCACUCAUGGCAUGCCAAUCGGCUCCGUCGGCCAACAGCCGGGGCAUCCGGACUUCGUGCAGGACAUUGUCUACGAGGAUGUGCACCUCAUCAACUCGACAAACGGCGCUUGGAUCAAGGCGUGGCAAGGUCGCUCGCAGUCCGUGACGAACAAUGGAGGGAGCGGCGGCGGCGGCGGUGGAUACAUCAAGAACGUCACGUUCCGCAACUUCGUGCUUGAAAAUGUCGGCCAACCCAUCAGUGUGACACAGUGCGUGUACGGGCAUGAUCCCAGCGUAUGCGACACGAGCGAGCUGCAAAUCUCCGAUGUCACCUGGGAGAACAUAACGGGAACAUCGCAUUUCGACGUCGCCUCUGUCAUCCACUGCUCGCCCCUAGUGCCGUGUCCCGGCAUGAAGUUCAUCGAUGUGAACAUCACCACCGUCAACGCCUCACUCGGCAAACCGAGCCUGCCUGAAGUCAACGUUUGUGCCAACAUAGUGAACCAGAACGCCACUGGCGAAAAUGCAACAGGCGUCCCAUGUCACGGAUUUGCACCGAACGACAUGCCCAAUGUACUCUAUCGGAACUGGCCAGAGCUGCUGACACAGGUCAUCCUCAGCGUGGUCGUCCCCCCUGCGCAAAGGGACAAUUGCUUGCAUCCGGGCCCCAAUCCGGCAGCUGCUGGGUGCAAUCCUCCCCCAUACUAA